AUGAGAACCCAACCACGAUCUCCAACUCCUGGAUUUCGUACUGCUCCUACUCCACCACUUAUUGAUUAUUUUGCUAGUACUGCUGCUGAUAAUUCUAUAAACGUAUGGAAUUCAAAAAAUGGUUCACUGAUUUUUAAUGUAGCUGGUCAUAAAAUCUUAAUUGAACAAUUGCGUAAAUUAAAUAAUAACAGUGUAUUAAGUGGUAGUGCUGAUGGUGUAUUCCAAAUAUGGAAUAUUAAUGAUGGCUCUUUUAUUCGCACAUUAAAUUGCUCAAGCAAUAAUACCGAUGUAAAAUUUGGAUUACUUCCAAACGGUUAUAUAGUUGGUAAAUGUGGAAAUAAUAUGUUAAACGUUUGGAAUUCAUCUAAUGGACAACUUGUAAACAAAUUUAAUAUAAGCAAUUAUUAUGAUAUUGUACCACUGAUAGUAUUAAGUAAUGGCUACAUAGCAACUGGCACUUGGUUUGCCCAAAUUCAAAUAUUGAAUCCAAUGACUGGUUCAUUAAUAACUAAAUCAUCAGUGAGUGUUACUUCUCUCGCUUUGAUACAAUUACCUAAUGGUAACAUAGCCAAUGGUGAUUGGGAUCAUACAAUAAAAAUAUUUAAUACAACUACUGGCAAUCUUGUUUUUAAUUUAGUUGGUCAUACAGGUCCUGUAAAUUACUUUGAAUUAUUAAGUAAUGGAUAUCUAGCAAGCGCAUCUAGUUAUGAAGAUGCCCAUGCCGGUUAUUAUGGUGGUGAUAGAAGAAUAUUAAUAUGGAAUCCAAAUAAUGGGUCACUUGUUCAAACAUUAACAGGACAUACCGAUUUUGUAAUAUGUUUGAAACUAUUAAACAAUGGUUAUUUGGCUAGUGGUGCUAAUGAUAACACAAUAAAGAUAUGGAAUCCAAAUAAUGGCUCUCUAAUACGUACGUUAACAGGACAUACUGGUCCUAUUUUCGAAAUUUUAUUACGAAGCAAUGGUAAUUUAGCAAGUGGUUCUAUUGAUACAACGAUAAAUGUAUGGAAUAUAACUACUGGCAGUCUUCUUUACACAGUAAAAGGAAAUGUAUACACUGUAUCUAGCGCGAAUGCAUACAAUUAUAAAUUAUUAAUUUAAUCAAUUAAUCUCCGGAUUCGGAUUCGGUAUUCUAAAAACAAUUUCAUUUUAUUAUUAAUAUUACAUGACAUUAACUCAGUAUUACUUUUAUGGAUUUAGUUAUUCAUUUUAUUUAGCUAAAUUCAACUUUUAGUUAUUCUACCUUUUAGUUUAGUUAAUUUUCACUUUUCUGUGUGUCGGUGAAUUAUAUUAUAUUCAAGAAUAAACUACGACUAUAGUUUCGAACUUUCUCAAGGGUCAAUCUUCAGGUAGUUUUUUGAAACAGUGCAUGAUUUCAUAAAUUAGAGUGUGGGUGUGAGUCUGUUUCGUAGACUAUUCUGAGUUACUUACGAUGAUCAUUUUGUUCCUGCUUAAGGAACUCAUCCGGAAAAUUUUCGAAUAUGGAAUAUUAUUCGAUAAUUGUCCAAGUUUGCUUUUUUAUGUAGAAUUAUCUGAAUGAGAAAUAUAAAUUCAUUUCUUUUCAUCUAUUUGGGAGAAGAGACCGAUAUGUAGAAAAAUGCUGUUUUUAUUAGGACGUAGAAUUAAAUUACAACUUUCGUGGAAAGUUUGGUGCGCUUGAUUUUAGUGCAGUGGUUUAAACGAAGAUGGAUAUUACGGAUAUAGCGAAAAGGAGGGGGGACGGUUGGGUAUGUGUGGGUGUGGAUGUGGGUGUUUAGGUGUGAGUGUGUGUAUAAUCUUCAAUUACACCCACACCCACCCUCCACUUAGUGAAAUCUGUAAUAGACGUCUUUUAAACAUUAUCGUUUAUGUAUGUAAAGAAUGAUAAUCAUAUAAGAUAUAUGACAUUAUGAUUCAACUACAGCAUAAUAAGUGUGCCUAUGGAUGAAGGUUUUUUCUACAUAACUAUAUCUACAAAUGAACACGAGAACAAAUAACCGUUAUAGGGAUCACGAAACAACCAACCUUGAGCUUAUUCUAUCAAUAUUAAUUAAUAUGUACACAUAGACGAUAAAGAGUUAUUUUCAGAUGCUGAAUGGCAUCCUUUUUUAGUGGUGAAUAGUUUUUGACUUUUGAUGAACAGUUCUAGAUAAUUUUUAAGAUGAAAUGCGUGUUUAUGGUAAUAAAUCGAAAUAAUUUGCGCAUGCUUUCUUGUUUACAUGAAUUUUUGGAGUUCAUCCAUCAUCAUCAAAUCCUAGUAGUUCAAUCGAUAGUGCAGUGUUUCAGGUUUUUAUAUAUUUUAUGCAUUAGACUUAGGACAAAGUUGUCUAUCGGUUAAUAUAAUCUCGCUUGUAUUGUUCCAUUUCUCAGCUAUUUUUUGCUUGAUUUCAUCCAUGGAAAUCGUACUUUCUAUUGCUUUAUUCCUUGUCGUGAAUAACAAAUAGAUUUCGUCAUCGUUAUCGCUAUUUUGUUUUUCACUAUUAUCUUGCACUUCAAUGAACUUUUCAUGAAGUUUCUUGCUAGAAAACUCAUUGAUAAUGUUCACACGAAUGUUGUGUUUGUCUUGUAAAGCACGUAAAUGUUGACCUUUUUUUCGAAUAAAACGACCAGCUUUUAUACGGCGUGCUUUUAAAGAAAGCUCUGGCUUGAAUGUAAGAGCCAAGAAAUAAGCAGAUUCAUCUGAAACUUUUCUAACCAAUUGUUCUGAUUCAAUUUUAUUACAUAUGUCACGGAGUAUACUCAAAUCGAUUACAUUCAAACCUAAAGUAAAAGUAGACAUAUUCGAUUUGACACUUUUCAUGUGGUUAGAAAAAUAUAUGAUUGAUUUUUUAAUGUAAUAAUAAUAAUAAGAAACCUAUUUAUCAAUAAUAUUUACCUGUUUUUUCAUUGCAAGAACAGCAUUGCCCUGGUAAUUCAUGAUAUGUAUGACGUUUAAAGUUGCCUUCAUGACGAAGUAUAUGUAUAGCAUAGUGACAUUUGGAUAGAUAUUUACGAUUGUGUACAAUCCAUCCAUCUGUUGCUGUUAGAACUUUGAAGUUUUCUAAAGCUAUAACAUUGAUUCAUAGAAAGAAGUGAAACAAAACAAAAACGAAAUAAAUGAAAUCAGUUGGGAAUACAUAUCUUGCACAGUAUAGAGUUUUCGCAUGACCAAGAGGACAUACGAUUAUUUUGAAUAAAAAAAGGGUUUCUAUUUUCUUAGAAAUGAUUCUAUAUCACUAAGGAUAUCGAUUUCAAGUGUGGGUGUGGGUGUGGGUGUGGGUGUGGGUGUGGGUGGGGG